CUUCUCUACUCUACCCCGGGUUUCUAUAUCUACAAUAUUCUUGUUUGACAUGUUGAAGCGUAUCCCAUCGUUAGCAGUCGGGCGCAAAUUACCGCGAGCAUCAUUCUCAGGUCGUCAGACACUAUCCUCUUCUGCCAGAACAAUGGCCCAAGCCGAUUGGAGCGCCUCUCAAUACCUCAAGUUCAUGAAUGAGAGGACCACACCAGCUCGCGACUUGCUUGCCCGGGUCCCUCUCCAGGAUCCCGAAACAAUAGUUGAUCUAGGAUGCGGACCGGGAAACUCAACAGCCGUGUUGGCACACCGGUACCCCAACGCUCAUCUCGUGGGCAUGGAUUCAUCGCCGGAUAUGAUUAAGAAAGCACAGUCGACACUCCCCAGUCUCGAAUUUACCGUUGAAGAUCUGAGAACCUACUCGCCUCCGCAAUCUGUUGAUCUCUUUUUUUCGAAUGCCGUUUUGCACUGGCUGGGAAGAGAUGAGCGAAUUGCGCUUAUCAAGCGUUUGAUGGAGUCGCAGCCAUCUGGUGGCGUGUUUGCUUUCCAAGUGCCGUACAAUCUGACUGAACCGUCUCAUGUCUUGAUGAAAGAGGUUGCCGCAGACGGCCCCUGGGCGAGCACGCUGAAAAAUACCGGCAGAGAUGCUUUUCAGACACCACGGGAGAUUUACGACCAGCUUAUUCCAAUGUCAUCGGAGGUGCACAUCUUCAAGACGGACUACCACCAUCCCUUGGAGGAUCAUAGAGCAAUUAUAGAAUGGGUUCAGGGAACGGGGUUAAGACCAUAUCUUGAUCCGUUGUCGCCGGAAGAAAAGGAAGCCUUUAUUAAUGAAUAUUUGAAGCGCCUUGAGUCUGUUUAUCCCAAAUCAGUUGACGGCAGAGUGCUUCUUGGUUAUCCGCGGUUGUUUGUGGUGGCUGUCAAAAAGUGAUGAUGCAUACAAGUUGACUCUCAAAUAGCAAAUAAUAGAUGAUCAUUCUCGCAUGCUU